CCUCUGGCCGCCGAGCCAGCCAUCAUCGCCAGCAGCCAUCAUCGCCAUCCGUCAUUCGUCGUCCGUCGUCCGUCGUCCGUCGCCGAGAACAAGCACAUUGCCGUCUGCAGCACCGCCAGCAACCCUUGCACAGCACCUGCCCAGAGCCCUGCCACAAUGACCGUCAAGGACCGGACGCUCGAGUUCCAUGCCGCCGUCGACUCGCUCAACUCGCGGAAUCUCUCGCACCAGCCGGACUCUGCCCGGCUUCUGGCCGCACACGUCUCCACCAUCCACACCAAGAGCGACUUUGCCCGCCAUGCCAGCGCCAUCGGCAAAGACAUCAACACCACCGUCGCCAAGUUACACAAGUUGACCCAGCUCGCAAAGCGCAAGUCGCUGUUCGACGACCGCCCCGUCGAGAUCAACGAGCUGGUUUACAUCAUCAAACAGGACCUCGUCAAAAUCAACCAGCGGAUCCUGCAGCUCCAGGCAUUCCUGCAGCAGUCCGCGCAUACCCCUGGCCAUGCCAACAAUAAGCAGACCGAAGAGCACUCCAACCGCGUCAUCACAUCUCUCCAAUCAAAGCUCGUGUCGACAUCAAAUACCUUCAAGGAGGUCUUGGAGAUCCGCACCCAGAACAUGAAGGACCAAAAGUCCCGACGAGAGCAGUUCACCUUUGGCCCAGCAUCGAACCCCACGAUGGCGGCAACUCCGCCUCCAUCAGACUCGCCACUGUACUUUCCCGAGCGGCGCUCGACCCCGAUGACGGACGUAUCCGCCGGAAGCGCCAGUGGCGAGCACAUUGUCGACUUUGGCAGCUCCUUUGGCGAGACCCAGCAGCUGGUGCAGCGCUCGACCGGCGCCAACAUGGAAAUCCUCGAGUCCCGAGCGCAGGCCAUCGAGUCGAUCGAAUCGACAAUUGCCGAGCUGGGCCAGGUCUUUCAGCACUUUGCACGAGUGCUCGCAGAGCAGCGCGAGAUGGUGCAGCGGAUCGACGACAACGUUGUCGAUACCGAGCGCUAUGUCGAAGGCGCGCACACAGAGCUCCUAAAGUACUGGCAGGACCUGAGUCGCAACCGUUGGCUGAUGCUCAAGGUGUUCGCCGUGGUCCUGUUCUUUUUCGUUCUCUUUGUCGUGUUUCUAUAGCGCAUUGACGAUCAGCGGACCUGGCCGAUCGGGUGCUCUCCUGCUCACUCCACGCUUGAGGAGUGGUGAAUAUCUCGGUUUUGGGGAAACAAUAUACAUAUAUAUACAGCGA